AUGCCAGACAAACACAUAGACAAACCCCAGUAUGAGGACCCAGCGGACCUGAUAUGGGAUACGUACCUGCAGGCGUCUAAGGAUGAGGACGCCGCGCGACCGAAGAAUUGGGAGGGCAGUACAACAGGCAUCCUUACCUUUACCGGUCUAUUCGCUGCGACCGUAGCGGCGUUCAUCGUCGAGAGCUACUACAAGCUCCUCUCCGUCGACUCUGGAGAUCAGACCGUCCAACUCCUCUCGCAGCUCCUUGUCGCGACCGCGAACGCAUCCUCGGGCCUUCCAAUCGUCAUCACGACACCCGAACCGUUUUCUACUCCACCCUCGGCCAUCGCUACGAACGCUUUAUGGUUCACGAGUCUGUUGAUCUCGCUCAUCUGUGCCCUUUUAUCAACGUUGGUUCAAGAGUGGUCUCGAGCAUACGUACAGGACAUCAAUAGACGAAAGGUCCUUCAUGAGACCGUGCGCGAACGCGCUUUCAAUCACAUCUAUAUCCGUAUGGGCGUCAAUCGCUACGGCAUGGACCAAUUCGUGUCAUGGAUCGUCGCCUUGGUGCAUCUCGCGGUCUUCCUGUUCGCGUGUGGACUCCUAGUCUUCCUCUUUCUUAUCAACCACGUCGUGGCUGGCAUUGCUACCAUGAUCUCUGGGGUCUUCGUGAUCAUAUAUUGCGUCGCCAGUCUGCUCCCUCUACUUGAGAAGAGCUGUCCAUACAGGACUCCUGUAACAUACCUGAUGGCCUUCAUCUACUGGUUCAUUCUCCACAGUCGUAUCGGUGAUGUUCUCAUGUGUUGGCGCCAGGCGGCCCAUGGCAAUGAUCAGGGGAAGACGACAUUUCGUGUCCUCAUCACAAGACAGUACGUAGGUGGCCAGAUAGAGAUCAAUCAUCGACGAGCAGAGGAAUUCUUGGACGAUACUCGAGGCUCAUUCUUGUGGAAACACAUGUAUGUGCAUAUAUCGCGAGAUGUCGACGAGCAAUUCUUCAAACUGUUGCCUGAAUUCAUCGAUCUGCACCGAGGCAGAGAUGCGCUCCUAAGCACACUAUGUGCCGACAACGGACUCGUGAACAGGUUUUACCGGUAUCUUGUUAGACUAUACUCUAUUCACAGGAGCAACGAAUCGUCAACCCCAAUCCCCUUCGAGAUAUUCCCGCUUGUAUCAUACCUCUCCGAAAGAAUGUUCGCUUCAGAGGUUGAACACUACGACGAUGGCCAUACAGGGGCUUUGACAUGUACCAGCCCGAUGCUUCUUAAGGUGGUUGGUAUGAUGCCUUGGAUAGCAACACUAGACGGGCCUGCACGGCUCCAGGCUCAGUUAUGCCUUGCGAGGGUACGAGAAUCCCUUCUAAGACUUUGUCUAAGGGCGUCUACGAAGAUGCCGACUCUCCAGGAAGAGGAAGUGUCGGCAUUCAUUAAUGAAACGUCCCACAGGGAGAACUUCGAGCUCAUGGGACGCCAUCCCAGUGCGAUUCUCCUUUUGCUCGCCAGUGGGACCUACAGGGGAUCUUCUUGGGAGAGUGCAAACGAAUCAAAGCUGUUGCCUUUGCACGACGGCAGCUGUUGCAGAGGCUGGAAAAGCGUUUUCACCCCCGAAGGUCGCGCACAUGUAGCAGCGUGUAACGUCUUGACAAUGAUUGCUUACAUAUUAAACUCCGACGACGACCAAAGACAGUAUGCCGGAAUCCCCCUAUAUAGGAUCAUUCGAGACGUGUUCUCAUACUUUGAUGAACAUGCCUUCAUGCCACAGGAUGACAGAAUGAAGAUCGCUUCCCCCGAGUUUGUGAAUGUUCUGCGAUUGGCUGGGCUUGAUGAAUGGCUCGAACCGGGGAGCACUUUGGAUACUGCACCGAAUCGCGAUGGGCCGAAUUAUUGGUUGCUCACUGCUACUUUCGAAGGCUAUGAUUGUACCAAAAUCCUCCGAGAUCUCGCGCGGCUGGUCACCUUCGAAGCAUACUUUGAGCGCGUAGCAGCAGCUCAGCGUCUGCCCAUGGCAUUAUUGCCGACCCUGGGCACCGUCAACAGCUCGGAUCACCCCCAUCUCGCUCGACCGGUCGCACACGUCGUGAAUGAUCCGGAGUCAACAUCGCCGCGUAACACUCGAACCUCGACGAUAGACGGUAACAUCGGUGGCGUGAGCGAUCAUCUUCCCGCGAGCUCGGAACAUGGGGCCUCCGCUCUUGCCGGCGCUGGGAAAGAUGCGGCUACCGACUCGCAGGGAGACCCACAUAAGGAGUCGGGCAGUGCUGGUGAUCCUACCGAGCUUGAGCGGGAUCCAGCUACGGGGACGGCAGCGCCGCUCCUUGGCGGGAGAAGUGAGGACAAGAUGAACGGAGCUGGGGUACCCGAGUUGGAGACGGUUACCAUUGACCGUGAUCGCAAUUCGCAUACGGAGAAUAGAGGGACUUCGGAUGGAGCGGUGUUCGACACGAGAGCUCGGGCAGAUGCCGAUAUGAGUCAUACUCAUGGGCCAUGA